AUGACACUGAAGAUACACAAAUUCAAGCUCUUCGCCGCACAUCGCAGCUUAGAGGGAUCCUCUGCCGCCGGGAACCCUGCGAUGAGUCCGACGAAGAGCCCUGUAUUUAAUCUCUGGCGACGCAAAACCCUGCGGAUGUUGUUCGAAAAGAGCUUGGACAGUCGCAGACGCAAUCUCCGUCAGAUCCUUGAGGAUUCGCCGGAAUCUGAUGGAAACUCCGGGGAAAAUAAGAGGGGGAAACACCGUGCUGCUAGGGGUAAACUGAAAGAGCUAUUGGUGACAUCACCGUUGCCGCCGUUCAAUGGUAGAGAGAAGAUUGGCGGAGGCGGUGGAGAAGAGAGGAGCGAGAAUCUGUCGCCGGUGACAGUUCGCUCCGUUGCUUAUAAGGGUGAUGGGAGAGAGUUAACGGGUCGAAGAUUGGGUUUGGUUCAAUCAUUUCGGUUGAGGAUUAUUGCAGUCCAUCGUUGAAGGCGCUCGUCAUGGAGAAGAAAGAGAAGAAAUCUCAUUGUUUACGAAGAAGACGACGAAGGGGAA